CGUCGCGGGAGCGAGCAAUUACGUCAUCAACACGGAGUCCCGGAAGCGAAAGGACUGGUAGCUGCGUGUUUCUGCUGUUAAAACGAAAAGGAAAAUAAGACUACUUAGGAAGAUGAAAUGGUUAUAGCGUAUAGCCACGAAGGUUUGGAUGACAUUUAAGAUAUUCCAGACUCAUUAUCAGCGGAUUCAAAGUCACCAUAAUGGGUUGUCGCAACAUUCAUGCAGCCACUGUGUUUGCGUAUAUAUUUGGGAUGGCCUCUGUAGCUGGACUAAUAACUGCUACAAUUGCACCAAACUGGAGAUUAAUGAGACUCGUCUCUUUCAACAAAAAUGCCAAAAAUGUUUCGGUGAGCAUUGGCUUGUGGAUAAAAUGUUUCCGGAUAGAGGGAAACUCUGAAUGCGCUCUAUACGAGACUGAUUGGUAUUCUAACGUGGACCAGCUGGAUCUGCGAGUACUUCAGUUUGCCCUUCCAUUUAGCAUUUUCUUUGCUAGCUUAGCUGCUCUGUUAUGUUUGAUCGGUAUAUGUAACACAGCCUUUGGACGAGAAGUUCCUAACAUCAACCUUGCCAAGUGCCUUGUAAACAGUGCAGGUUGUCAACUAGUAGCUGCUUUACUGUUUUUUCUAUCUGGAGCCCUGAGCCUUACUCCAUCUGUUUGGGUUAUUUUCCAGACAAAUGACAUGAACAAAAAAUAUGCAAGUAUUUAUGCAACAAGCACAGCAACAUAUUUAGCGAUUGCUAGUGCUGGGGGGCUGCUUUUCACUUCUUGUCUGUUAUUGUUGUGGUACUGUGCUUGCAAGGCAUUACCAUCUCCUUUUUGGCAGCCACUACCUUCACAGCCUGCCAGUGUUCAUAGUUAUCCAUCUCAUUCUUAUGCAUCUCCUCCAUAUUCCUCUCGGUCUAGGUUAUCAACAAUUGAAAUAGAUAUUCCAGUUGUCACUCAAAUUUCGUAAAGGAAACCUGGCAUCAAAACUUUAAACACUUGUGUUUUUAUAUACAGGAUUAUAUUGUUACACUUUAAGGAGUAUUUGUUCUUCACAAUCCUAGUUAAAACAAAUUUUUUAAAAAGUAGAUUUUUUUAAACCAGCCAACACUACACCAAAUGAUUAAAUCUAAAUCGAAUGGAUAUACUAAACAGAUUUAUUAAAAAAAAGACCCUAAGGGUUGUACAGUAUAAGCUCCAACAUUGCACUCUUCUACUCUAAAGAUGGGAUACUUUGUUUCAUGUAUACUUCUUUGUACAAUCUUGAUAGUAUUUGGUCCAUAAAGUAUAGUGGUAAUCACUAUUAUAAUUCAAAGCUAAUAAUCACAGCGAGCAUUUUUUUCUAAUUUAUUUACAUUCAUUAGCAAUGGAUAUGCUUAUUAAAACUGUUGCCAUAAUUGUAUUACUUUGUUUUCUUAAGAAAUUGCUGCCUUUUAAUGGUAAGAAACAAAAGAACCAAAAGGCCUCGGAUCCUUCAAUGAAACAGACAUCUUAGACCAGUUUGUAUGAUCACAGACUAAGUACAGUAAGCCUUCUGAUC